AUGCAGUUCGAGUCGGAUUACCGGUUCGACAUGGACGACUCCUUCAGCCUCUGCAGUCAGCCCAUGUCCUGCCCUUCCACCACCACAAGCUUCUCCUCCGCCUCAUCAGCCUACGACCCAUUCACUCCUACAUCUCGACGAUCAACACCUCAUGAAUUCGGAAACAUGGACUUUGAUGGCCCUUACAACUCUGUCUCCCACCGGGGGGCGGAGCUGACCCCUCCCUCAUCAGCAAUGGGCAAGUUCAUGUUUGGCCCUGUCAAGCCUGAGCCUGAGCACAUCUCAUUCUCGGACUCUCUCCCCAACACCCCCAUGAAGCGAGAGCAACUCGGCUUCGAGUACGAGCACAUGAUGGACAUGAACAUGGCACAUCACGGAUCAAUGGGCUCAUUAACACCAUCAAACUCCUUUGGCAUCCCCAUCUCGUUCUUCCCCAACAGACAGCUCUCAAGUGACUUUGACACUUUUGAUAUGGACCGCCACUCUCAGUCACCUCUUGGUUACCAUCUUCAUGACCCCAACUCUCCCAACCGCAUGCGUGCUCAAAGGAAGUUGAUGGUGCACGAGAUCCAACAGAAGAGUGCUGAACUUCAGCGAGCUCAGAUUCGAUCAUCGAGGAAGCGAUCGAUCAAGCCUGAUUCUGCCCAAGUUGAUGUUGUCCGAAGAGCCAUGUGCAAGUGUGACUACCCUGGUUGCCACAAAGCCUUCCGACGAAACGAGCAUCUCAAGCGUCACAAGCAAACUUUCCACGGUGAAGGACCUAACCGUUUCUCAUGCGAGUUCUGUGGAAAGGACCAGUUCAACCGCCAAGAUAACCUCAACAACCACCGCAAGCUACACGCACGACCCAACAGCCGCAACCGCGGAGUUGAGUUCAUCCCUGCUGCAGUCCCUGUUAUUGAGCAAGAGGAGCGAAGCAGGAAGCGAAGAGCGCCCUCAAAGUCCAAGAUUGCUGACAAGCGGGGCUCAGAAUACUAA